AGACAGCACUCAGCAUCUUUCUUCCCAAACUUCCUUUCUUGCCAAACUUUCUCCAAUAAAAAGUUAUUUGUUAGACAAACCUAAUAUUUGAUGAGCAAAUCCCACCAACAACACCACUCUUUCUCAUUACACUGUAAACAGUUUAAACCUAAUUUAAACCUUCUUCUUUCCUCAUCUCUUCCCACAACUCCCAUACCAUUUUCUUUCUUCAUUUAAGGAUGCCGAUAAGGUUUUGCUCUCCUCGAUUCCUUGUUUUCGUCUUCCUCAUAUCGGCAAUCCCCAUCGCUUACAUCAUCUCCGAGGAACGUGCCGUGCCUACCACCCACGUUUUCCACUACCAUAGCGCCGGCUUUUUCCGGGAGUGCGCCAAGUGGGACGACCAAGGCCGGCGCUUCCUCGUCAGUUUCUUGGAAGGCGGCGUCGGUGAAAUCCGGGUUCCCGACGAUUACGCACCGGGACCGGGGGCUGUCGUGUUGAAAGAGGUCACCCUGGUCAAAGAUUUUGACUUGGCCGGAAAUUCUUCCCUCGGAAUCGCCGUCGACAGGCUCAGAAACCGGCUGCUUGUGGUUGUCGCCGACUUGCUCGGCAACCGAUACAGCGGUCUCGCGGCUUAUGAUUUGUCAUCGUGGAAGCGGCUAUUUCUAACCCGGCUCAGUGGCCCUAGCGAUGAAAAAUCCUUCGCCGAUGACGUCGCAAUAGAUGCCGGUGGUAAUGCGUAUGUCACCGAUGCUAAAGCCAGCAAAAUCUGGAAAGUCGGUGCCGAUGGCGAGUUCUUGUCUAUCAUAAGAAACCCACUCUUCACUCCAAAACAGUGGUACAAAACCUUGGUCGCAUUGAACGGAAUCGUUUACCACCCCGACGGUUAUUUGAUCGUGAUCCACACUUUCAGUGGUAAUUUGUUUAAGAUCGAUCUGGCCAAGGGAUAUGAAGUGAAGUUGAUCGAGGUUGUUGGAGGCUCAUUAGUCUUCGGUGAUGGUCUAGAUCUACUAUCUCCGACAAAGCUCGUCGUCGCCGGGAACCCUUCGGGGAGAUUGGUGGAGAGCUCUGACGGAUGGGAGACGGCUUCCGUGGUGGCGAAGUUUAAGGGGCCCAUCCAUCGGUUGUCAACGGCGGCGACGGUGAAGGAUGGGAAGGUUUAUCUCAACCAUUUGGUUGGGAUGGGGUACCCCAAGAAAACACAUGCCCUUGUUGAGGCAGUUUUCUGAAAGUUGAAAAAAAAGGGGAAUAAUGGGAUUCGUAAAUGAAGUUGCAGUUAAGAGUAUGUGGACCUACUGAAUGUAAAACUCCGAAACCCUAAGUUCGAAAUGCCAUGCCUUUGUUUCUCCAAAAAAAAAUUCUUGGAAUUUCAGAAUGGGUUAAUUUUUAAA